GCCACGGGAGCCAAGUCUCGGGCAGAGGAACACCUUCGUCCUCAGGGGCCUCAGACCAGGUGUGCCCUCGGAGGGAAGUUGCACAUUUGGAAAGUACAGAGGCCCCCCACCUCGGGUAGACUAUGGCGCCCCCGCGGAAUGUAGUGAAGAUCGCCGUCCAGAUGCGCGACGCCAUCCCGCAGCUCAUCCAGCUGGACCAGGCGAAACCCCUGGCCGCUGUGCUGAAGGAGGUGUGCGACGCGUGGAGCUUGCCUCACUCUGAGCGCUAUGCCCUACAGUUUGCUGAUGGGCACAGGAGAUACAUCACUGAGAACAACCGCACGGAGAUCAAGAAUGGCAGCAUCCUGUGCCUCAGUACUGCCCCAGACCUUGAGGCUGAGCGGUUGUUGCGGGGGCUGCAGAGCGAGAGUUGUGAGGGGCGCCGGGAAGCCCUUCGGCACCUCGUCCUGCUGGCCCCAGACAUGACCUUCACCCGGGAAGUCAUCAGCCGUGAUGGGCUUCAGAGACUAGGCUCCAUCAUUGAGGAUGGGGACGACCUAGGAGAGGUGCUGGCCCUCGCACUGAGGGCCUUCUUGGAGCUCAUGGAGCAUGGCGUGGUGUCCUGGGAGACGCUCGGCAUCCCCUUUGUUAGGAAGGUGGUGUGUUAUGUGAACAUGAACCUCAUGGAUGCAUCUGUGCAGCCCCUGGCCCUGGGGUUGCUGGAGAGUGUGACCUUGAGCAGCCCUGCCCUGGGCCAGCUGGUCAAGAGUGAGGUGCCACUGGAUAGGCUGCUGGUGCACCUACAGGUGAUGAACCAGCAGCUGCAAACCAAGGCCAUGGCACUGCUGACAGCUUUGCUGCAGGGGGCCAGUGCUGCUGAACGUAAGCACAUGCUUGACUACCUGUGGCAGAGAAACCUUCGCCAGUUCAUCUACAAGAACAUCAUCCAUAGUGCAGCGCCACUGGGCGACGAGAUGGCUCACCACUUGUACGUACUGCAGGCCCUUACGCUGGGGCUGCUGGAGCCGCGCAUGCGGACGCCACUGGACCCCUACAGCCAGGAGCAGCGGGAGCAGCUGCAGGCCCUGCGUCAGGCUGCCUUUGAACUGGAGGGGGAGUCCCUGGGCGCUGGGCUGAGUGCCGACCGUCGCCGUUCCCUCUGUGCCCGCGAGUUCCGCAAACUGGGCUUCUCUAACAGCAACCCUGCGCAGGACCUGGAGCGCGUGCCCCCUGGCCUGCUGGCCCUGGACAACAUGCUCUACUUCUCCAGACACGCGCCCAGCGCCUACAGCCGGUUUGUGUUGGAGAACAGCAGCCGUGAGGACAAGCAUGAGUGUCCCUUUGCCCGGAGCAGCAUCCAGCUGACUGUGCUGCUGUGUGAACUGCUCCAUGUCGGGGAGCCCUGCUCCGAAACUGCCCAGGACUUUUCGCCCAUGUUCUUUGGCCAAGACCAGAGCUUCCAUGAGCUCUUCUGUGUGAGCAUCCAGCUGCUGAAUAAGACCUGGAAGGAGAUGCGGGCCACUCAGGAAGACUUUGACAAGGUCAUGCAAGUGGUGCGGGAGCAGCUGGCCCGCACGCUGGCCCUGAAGCCCAGUUCCCUGGAGCUGUUCCGAACCAAGGUGAACACGCUCACAUACGGGGAGGUCCUGCGCCUGCGGCAGACGGAGCGGCUGCAUCAGGAAGGCACACUGGCCCCUCCCAUUCUGGAGCUGCGGGAGAAGCUGAAGCCAGAGCUCAUGGGCCUGAUCCGCCAGCAGCGUUUGCUCCACCUCUGCGAGGGGACACUCUUCCGCAAGAUCAGCAGCCGACGGCGCCAGGACAAGCUGUGGUUCUGCUGCCUGUCCCCCAACCACAAGCUGCUGCAGUAUGGGGAUGUGGAGGAGGGCGUCGGCCCGCCCGCCCCCGAGAGCCUGCCUGAGCAGCUCCCUGUGGCCGACAUCAGGGCACUGCUGACAGGCAAGGACUGCCCCCACGUCCGGGAGAAGGGCUCGGGAAAGCAGAACAAGGACGUCUGUGAGUUAGCUUUCUCAGUCAGCUAUGACCACGGGGAAGAGGAGGCAUACCUCAACUUCAUUGCCCCAUCCAAACGGGAGUUCCACCUGUGGACAGAUGGGCUGAGCGCCCUGCUGGGCAGUCCCAUGGGCAGUGAGCAGACACGGCUGGACCUGGAGCAGCUGCUGACCAUGGAAACCAAGCUGCGGUUGCUGGAGCUGGAGAAUGUGCCCAUCCCUGAGCAGCCACCCCCCGUCCCCCCGCCCCCCACCAACUUCAACUUCUGCUAUGACUGCAGCAUCGCUGAACCUUGACAGUGAACUUGGCCAGGGGCCACAGCUGCUGCCACUGUGGUGGCCACAAAGGGUGGAGGAGGGGAGAAGCACAGGCACCCUGACCAGCAGAGGCUGCAGCAGAAAUAAAGUCUGCUUGGCUCUUAGACAUGUGUUGAGCCAGCUCUGAACCCUGCAGGCUAAGCCUGCCUUCAAGCUUAGCUGGCAGAUGCGAUGAGGGCGUCAGGCCAGGGCCACAGCUUGGGGCCACAAACCUGGGCAGCUACAGUU